AUGCUGAGGGAAGUGAAGGACAGGAGAGUGGACGUCGCUGUAGGACCUCUGGGCAUCACGCUCAAGAGGACGGCCAUCGUCGAUUUCCUUAUUGGAGUUUUCGAAUCUCAUAUACAGUUCGAUUUCAGUUUCAGAAUCGCUUUGAGAAGACCAUCUAACGAGGAUUACAUGUGGACGGUCUACACAAAGCAAUUCGAACUGGGUGUUUGGCUAAUAUUAAUCUUCCUAACAGUCGGUCUUGUGUUAUGCCUCUAUUUCGUGUCUCACGGUUUCUCAAGGCGAGCGACGAUCUCGUUCUCGGACUGCGCCUUCACUAUUUUCGGAUUUCUCUGCGGACAAGGCUCGACCCUCGCCUUCUCCUCGACGGCGGUGCGAACGGCGGUCAUAACCUCCCUCCUGCUGCAGGUGGUGACUUUGUCUUACUACACCAGCAACCUCGUCUCCGCGCUCACCGUCGGCCCACCGCUGCCACCAUUUAGCGACCUCGGGGACAUCCACGCGCAGUCCUCCAUCACUUUCGGAAUCGUCAAGGGAUCCAGGAAUACGGAUGAUUUCACGGACUCGAAGAACCCCCUCCACCAGUCGGUCUGGCGUCGCAUGGAGGAAGAGGACUUGGCUCUCACGGCGCAGGACGGGAUGAAUCGCGUCUACAGCGAGAACUACGCCCUCAUGCUGUGGGGGAUCUACUUCAAGGUCAACUACGCCCAGGACUGUCGGGUAUUCACGCUUCCGACGGGGUAUUUUCCUACGUACACCUCCUUCGCGCUGACUAAGGGGUCGCCUUUGGUCCCUGUUUUUAAUAAGCUCGUCCUCGACAUCAUCUCCUCCGGACUCCUGAAGAAGUGGUGGCAAGAGCUCAGCCUCACCAGCACAGACUGCAGCGCCUUGGAGACACAGCCCAUCGAGCUCAAGACAGUUCUCACGCCUUUCCUGCUGCUGAGUGGUAGCAUCUUGGUGUCACUGGGGGUCCUGCUUGUCGAACGUUAUAUCGCGAACGUUUUUUUCAGGAAGAGUGGAUUGAGGAAGUGA